GAGAGUUGUAAAUAAAAAAUCAGAUUGGGUUAUUUUGUUAAUCAAAACGCCUUUAAUUUGAUUUUUGUUUAAUUAGUUUUGUUUGACAGGUUUUAAUGAGUAGAUAUUAUUUUCGAUUUUGCUCGUUGGCUUUUGUGUGUAAUGUCUGAUUCUAGUUCUGCACCGAUCACCAAGCUCAUCGACUCAUCUAGUGACUCAACUGCCAGUUAUAAGGAUAUCAGCUGGAGACUCGAAGUUGUUACUAACACUCGAGCUAUACGGAAUAUUCAUCAACCACAAAUUGUUUAUCGAUUGCGUUUAAAGCAACCAGACGGUUGUGAUAAAGAUCAUUUCAUCAAAAGUGAUCUUGGUAAUUUGUACAAUUUGAAGGAGAACAUUGAAGAGGCUCUAAAUGUCUUUCACUAAAGUUUUAGUUCAACUUGCUGUCCAGAAUACUGGAUCAUCUGGUAAAUUGUUGUCAUCAAAUUUUGUACCCUGUGUCUCUCGAUCACUAUCUACGACUCUUGUUAAUUGUAACUUGGCUAAAGAUAAAGGAGAAGCCUUCGUUCAUAAUGUAUUCUCAAAUGUUGCCGAUAGUUAUGAUAAAAUGAAUGAUUUAAUGAGUGGAGGUAUCCAUCGUCUAUGGAAAUGUUAUUUCAUCAAAACAUUGGACCCACUCAAGUCAACUCAUUUACUGGAUGUUGCUGGUGGAACUGGAGACAUAGCUUUUCGUUUUCUUGAUCACAUGAAAUGUAAAUAUCCAAACGAUAAAAGUCACAAGGUUACAGUCUGUGAUAUCAAUGAGAAUAUGCUUGAAGUUGGCAAAAAACGAGCUGUUAAACAUGGUUACGAUGAUUCACUUAUUGAAUGGGUACAUGGUGACGCUCAAAAAUUACCUUUUCCAGAUAAUUCGUUCGAUGCAUAUACAAUUUCGUUCGGAAUCCGUAAUGUUGUCAACAUAGAUGCAGCUUUGCAAGAGAGCUAUCGAGUACUCAAACCUGGUGGAAUAUUUCUUUGUUUAGAGUUUUCUAAGGUUCGCACUCCAGUAAUAGCUGAUCUAUAUGAUUUGUAUUCGUUAAAUAUCAUACCAGUGAUGGGCGAAGUUGUUGCUGGUGACUGGCGUUCGUAUCAAUAUCUUGUUGAAAGUAUAAGGAAAUUCCCUGAUCAAAAAGAUUUUGCAGAUAUGAUUCGAUCAGCUGGAUUCCAUCUGGUCUCUUAUAAAAAUUUAACUCAAGGUGUUGCUGCUAUCCACAUGGGAUAUAAGAGGUCUGAACCAGCUAACAAUAAAGAUCAGCCUCCAGUUGAAUUCGGCACUGAGUCAACAAAAGAACAUUCAACUUCCUAAAAGUUAUCUAAGUAUUGACCUAGUAUAUUAGUUAAUGUAAAGAGUCGUUAUUUCAAUAAAUUUUGCCGAGUUUAGAGAUAUAAA